CCUCUAACAGUCUCUCUCUCUCUCUCUACAAUCGUUUUAACGAUAACUCUCCGACGAAGAAGAAAACGAAAAAGAGUAAGAAGUCAAGAAAGAUCACUAAAUACUGUUAUCUCUUUCGAUCCAACGAAACAGAGAUGUCUCUCUCAGACGAUCAUUUAUCUUUUACGGGGAAGAAUCGAGCGCGUACGAGUCAAGAAUCACGAGAGAGCCCUCAAGGUUCUUCUUUCUUGCGAUCCAAGGAAACAGAGACGUCUCUCUCCGACGACCCUCCACCUCCGAGGAAGAAAAAUCGAGCGCUUACGAGUCAAGAACCGCGAGAGAGCCCUCAAGAUUCUUCUUUCUUGCGAUCCAAGGAAACGGAGAAGAAGAGUCAGACGAGUAUGAGCCAAGAAACAGAGAAGCCGUUUGUUUCUCCGAUUAACACAGAUGAUGAAGUCUUUAAGGGAUAUGAAUCGUACUACGACAGUGACAAAAUCUUUAUGUACACUGCAAACACGUUGCAUCCUUAUGGUGACAUGUUCGAAGGUUCUCUUGAUUCUGCAGGGAACAUUGGAUCACAAAAAGAUCCUGUUGCGCUCGAGAUGCCAAGGUUGACGUUACACAACUCUGGAAGUCAAAUUGGUGUUGGCCUUAUUAGACCUGACAUGGAACAAGAAUUCUCCACAGAAAUGCAGGGUGAAGGAUAUGAUGGCACACACACUUGUGGCCCUUUGGAAAACAAGAUUGAUAUUGCUGUUGGUUCUUUUGGAAACGUUGGAUCGAUUAUGAACGCAGAAAGAGAGAAAGAAAAGACUGUGACGAUCCCUACCCCUAGAUUUGUCGAGGCACCACAAUGGACCAUAAAGAAGAGGCUGACCCAGUACGAUACUAAUCCUCAUUAUGACAGACUUAUUCUGCAAAGGAGCUCCUUUGAUGAGCACAUUGGAAGACAUUUGCCUAAAGCAGAUUACCAAAAGGUAGUAGAUAAAAUCGGAACCACGACUGUUAACGUAUAUGACUACGACACGGACACAAUGCAUGAGCUGCGUCUGGAAUUACAGAAAAGCUAUGGUCUAAGGAGUGGCUGGGUGGAACAUUUUGUUCGCAGGAGAUGCUUGAGGCAAAACGAAGAGAUUGGACUCUUAUGGGAUUCUUCUGCUUCUAGGAUUCAGUUUGGCGUCAUUUGUCGGCAAGAUCUAAAGAUGGGGAAGAAUAAAACUGUGAAGUACUUUGUGGUUGAUGCUUUCACUGAUUCGGCUUUCAAAGGGAAUCCAGCUGCUGUUUGUUUUCUCAACGACGACGACAACAACGAGAGAGACGACACGUGGCUUCAGUCUCUCGCCGCCGAAUUCAACAUCUCCGAAACUUGUUUUCUUAUUCCCAUCACUGGUUUCGAUGCUCGCUUCAGUCUCCGGUGGUUUACCCCUUUAGCUGAGGUUGAUCUUUGUGGUCAUGCAACUUUGGCAUCUGGUCAUUGUCUCUUCUCUAAUGGUUUAGUUGAUUCAGACAUGGUUGAGUUUGUCACAAGAUCAGGGAUUCUUACAGCGAAGCGUGUUUCAGAUACUUCAGAGCUCAAUGAUGGUGAAGUGAAAGGAGGAACCUUUUUGAUCGAAUUGAAUUUCCCUGUGGUUACAACUUGUGAUGUUAAUCUCAGUGAUGACUCGUCUUCUAUGAUCACCAAGGCCUUGAACGGAGCUACCAUUGUUGAUAUAAAAGCUACUGCGACAAACAACAUCCUCGUUGUGCUUCCAUCUAUGGAAUCUGUCACUGAAUUGCAACCAAGAAUGGAUGAUAUAUUGAAAUGCCCCUGCGAUGGCAUAAUUGUGACAGCUGCUGGUUCUGCAGGAUCGGCCUAUGAUUUCUACAGUCGUUAUUUCGCUCCUAAGUUCGGAGUUGAUGAGGACCCUGUUUGUGGAAGUGCACAUUGUGCAUUAGCACAUUACUGGAGCCUCAAGAUGAACAAGUGUGAUUUCUUAGCCUACCAAGCUUCACGUAGGAGUGGAACAAUUAGGAUUCAUCUAGACAAGGAGAAGCAGAGGGUUCUCCUGAGAGGCAAAUCCGUGACUGUGAUGGAAGGCCAUGUCUUGGCCCCUAUUGCUACUGCUACUGCUGCAGUGCUGCUUCUCCUGAAGGAUAUGCUAAUGAUUUCAACGUGGAACACAUUGUUUCUAGAUAAGAAAGGAAGAAGAGGAGCUCCUAUGGCCAUGCUCGUGAAGAAGCCUGUGAAGUAUUUUAUGGUUAAUGCGUUCUCUGAGUCAGCCUUCAAGGGAAACCCAGCAGUUGUGUGUUUUCUCGAUGGGAAGAAUGAGAGAGAUGACUCUUGGCUUCAGUCUCUUGCUGCUGAGUUCAACAUUCCCUUGACCUGUUUUGUUAUUCCAAUCACUGCCUCCAAUCCUCUCGACCCCCCACACUUCUUACUCCGGUGGUUCACCCCCAUCCUAGAGGUGGAUCUCUGUGCUCAUGCAACCUUAGCAUCUGCUCACACUCUCUUCUCAAACGGUUUGGUUGGUUCAGACGAAAUCGAGUUUGCCACGCACUCGGGGAUUCUAACAGCCAAAAGGGUUUCAAAAACUCUCAAGUUCUAUGACUAUGAAGAGAAAGAAUCUUUCUUGAUCGAAUUGGAUUUCCCUGUGAUACCAACAUGUGAGUACAACUCCAGUGACAUAUCCAUGUUUUCAAAGGCCUUAAAUGGAGCUACCAUUGUUGAUGUCCAAGGAACAAAGAAUGCUAAAAUCAUUUCCCAAGCUUUCAAUGGAGCUGCCAAAGCAACUUCAACCGAUAAAAUCAUCGUUGUGCUUCCAUCUUGGGAAUCUGUUACUGAACUGCAGCCAAGAAUGGAUGAUAUCUCGAAAUGCCCCGGAAAAUUGAUAAUUGUUACAGCGGCCGCUCCUAAAGGAUCAGUCUAUGAUUUCUGUAGUCGGGUCUUUGCCCCCAAAUUAGGAGUAGAUGAGGAUUCUGUUUGUGGAAGUGCACAUUGUGCACUAGCACAUUACUGGAGCCUCAAGAUGAACAAGUGUGAUUUCGUCGCUUACGCGUUUAAAGAAGAAGAUAUCAAAAGAAACAAGAGGAGAUAUAUGGCCAUGAUCUUGAAGAAGCAUGUCAACUACUUUGUGUGUGCUUUCUUGAUGAUUGAGAGUAAGAGAGAUGACGUCUGGCUUCAGUCUCUCGCCACCGAAUUCAACCUUCCUAUGACUUGUUUUCUUAUUACCAUCACCGGCUCCAAUCCCCCUCGCUUUAUACUGCGGUGGUUCACCCGCUUUGUGGAGAUGGAUAUUUGUGGUCACGCAACCUUAGCAUCUGCUCAUAUUCUCUUCUCAAAUGGUUUGGUUGGUUCUGCUGAUACAGUUGAGUUUUCCACCCAGUCAGGGAUUCUAACUGCCAAAAGGGUUCCAUUGAAUGACGAUGAAUCGAAAGAAGGGUCCUUCACGAUCGAAUUGAAUUUACCUAUGAUCAGAACAUGUGAGUACAACUCCAAUGAUGUCUUCAUGUUCUCCAAAGCCUUAAACGGAGCUACCAUUGUUGACGUCAGAGGAACUACAAUAGCUAGCACCAUCCAUGAAGCCUUGAAUGGAGUUGCCAAGGUGGCUUCAACCGACAAAAUCAUCGUUGUGCUUCCAUCUUGGGAAGCUGUCACUGAGUUUCAGCCAAGAAUGGAUGAUAUCUCGAAAUGCCCCAGUAAAAUGAUAGUUGUUACUGCUGCUGCUCCUGAAGGAUCUGCCUAUGAUUUCAUUAGUCGGGUAUUCGGCCCCAAAAUAGGAGUCGAUGAGAGCCCUGUCUGUGGAAGUGCACAUUGUGCAUUAGCACAUUACUGGAGUCUCAAGAUGAACAAGUGUGACUUUUUUGCUUACGCGGUGAUCUCUCUUUUCCCUAUCUAUCUACAAUCAAUGGGUAGCAGACAGAGGAGAGAGGUUGUGCUUUCAUUUUGGGAAUCUGUCAUUGAAUUGCAGCCAAGAGUGGGUGAUAUCAUGAAAUGCCUCGGCAAAGUGAUGAUUGUUACCGCUGCUGCUCCUCAAGGAUCUCCGUUUGAUUUCUGCAGUCGACUCUUUGCUCCUAAACUAGGGCUCAACUCUGUAAGUGGAAGUGCACAUUGUUUAGCACAUUACUCGAGCCUCAAGAUGAACAAGUGUGAUUUCGUUGCCUAUGCGGCUUCACAAAGGAGUGGAACACUUAAGGUUCAUUAUGACAAGGAGAAGCAGAGAGUCUCGCUCGCCCGGAAAGUUGUGACCGUCAUGAAAGGCUCCAUAUUAGUUUAGUCUUUGACAUUUUCUCAAAAUUCUUGCAGAAAAAGGUCAAAGAUUUUGCUUUCUCGAAUUCCCCAAGUUUUUUCAGAUUCUAUGUAAUAAAGUGAUGAAGUCAAU